UUUAGUUAGAAAUUGAAAAGUUUAGCUUAAAACAAACGAUGAUAUCUUAACAACAGAAGCUUAAUGAUUUAUAAUUUAAUUACAGAUAUCUUCCAAGAAGAUCGUUCGUCUGUUGACGAGUGCAAUUUUACAGAAGAUGAAACAAAAGAUAGUGACAGUGAUAUAUCAAUGAAUGAAGAAACUGAAUGUUCUGAUAAGAUUGAUGGUUCAGAAGAAUUACUACGUAAUCCCAAAGUUGUUAAUUUAGAAAAAUUUGCAGAAAGUGAUGUGAUAUAUAACAGACAAGAUGUUGCUCGUAACAUACUCAGUACUCUUCACUCCGUGGUUGAUAAUCAGAAUGAAGUAUCCGCUGUCAUAUCAGUUAUGUGCAAACUACUGGAUGAUGACGAUCCUACUGUCAGAGCAGAUCUUAUUGAACAUCUUCCACACAUUGCUGCAUUUUGCCAUGAACACUGCCAUUACCUAGGCUCAGUAAUAGAUCAGCAAAUUGUUCCUGUAAUUGUAAACUGUUUGACUGAUGUCAAUAAUCAGGUUCGAAAAGCAAGCCAGACUUCAUUAUUGAUGAUUUUAGAGCAAGGCUUGAUAAAUCAAGAGAAGCUGAAUGAAUGGAUAUGCCCGUUAAUUGCACAGUUAACAGAAGUACAAAACAUGGAAGAAUUAAGAAGUGAAGCAGUGGCUAUAGAUUGUGUUUGUCACAGACAAAUUAUAUUUGCUCUAACAGUUGUAGACAUGGUGCAUGCAGCCUUGCCAACUCUACAUAUAGGUAUUAGGAAGGAAGCAAUGAAUAAAAGGAUAGAACCAGAUGAAGAAAACAUGCAUAAAGAAAUAGUUGUGGUUACAGACAAAUCAUUAGCAGCAAUAGGGGCAAAAUAUGCAAAGGAACAUGGUAUAAAUACUUGUCAUCUGUGUCUCCUCCGCCACAUCCACACACGAACGACUCUAGAUCAUCCUGACGCAGGAUUAACGAUUCCCCCUGGAAGUCGGCGAACUUACAUAAAGCCUAUCGAAGAUGAUGGCAACAGCAACGAGAGGCAGAUCUGUGCAUCAAAUUUUGGAGAAUUUUGUGCAGUGGUAGGUCAAGAAACAACUAUUGAUUAUUUGCUAUCAAGAUUCUAUCAUUUAUGUGAAGAUAGUGUAUGGGGUGUAAGAAAAUCUUGUGCCGAAGUAUUUACAACUGUUUCCUGUGUUUGUUCCAUGGAAGUUAGAAAAAAUGAUCUUGCUCCUUUGUAUCUUAAUUUGCUUUGUGACAAUUCUCGUUGGGUAAAGAUGGCAGCAUUCCAAUCAUUGGGUCCUUUUAUAUCAACUUUUGCAGACAAUAAACAAGAAUUUCCUUAUUCGGAUACUAUUUUUAAUUUAUUGAGUGGUAAAAAGGAAUUAAAUAAUAAUUCUCUGAAGGCAAAAGAUAAUGAAAUUGCUAUUCAAAAUAAGAUAGAUUCUUCUGAAGAAAAAGUAUCUUCUGACAUUGAAAAUGUUUCAUCACAUUCAUUAGAUUCAAAAGAAUCAUUAACAUCUUCUGAAAAAUUAGACUCUAAUAAAGAUAAAGGUGCCAUUAAUGAAUAUUCUGGAACAAAUGUGUAUUUUACUUCUGAAUCAAUUUCAGACUAUACCAAAAAUGAAUUUUGUAUUCAGAAUAAAAAUAAUUUAGAUAAAUCUCUUGAAUCUAGUCAAAAUGCUGAAGAAGUUUCUGAAGCUAAUUCAAAUACUUUUGAAAAUUUUUCUUCAUUUGAUAAUUCAAUUGCAUCACAAAAAACAAAUGGUAAAAAUAUAGAAAAAAAAGAAUGUUUUUCUGACAUGCCAUUGACAGUGACAGCCAAAAAUGGUCAUCUCCAUGUUCACAUUGACAACGAAAGUGCAUUUAAUAAUUUUCAGUAUUGGCGUAUUCCUGUUCCUGAUGUAGAAGUCGACAUUGAUAUAGAAAACGGCAAGGCAACAAAUAUACACAUAAGAGCAUCUAUAAAAGAUGAUAAAACACAACAUACCUGUGCUUCAGAUCUUAACUUAUCGCUUAUGUCACAAAUGGAUAGUACUUCUGCUGAUGAAACUAAUAUAACUAAUUCUGAACAUCCAGAUUCGAGUAAAGUAUUCAUUCAGAGUGCAUGCAUUAAUAGUUCUAAUGUGCAAAGUACAAAUGAUCAAAUUGGCCAGAAACAGAUAUUAAGUUCAAGUUUGAAUGAAGCAGCAUUAACAUUGCUGCAUGGAGAUUUGAUUGGUAAGAAAGAACAAACUAAAAACUUUGAUAGUUUUAAAAAAAUAGCCUACUUAAAUACUUAUAAAAGUUUAAUAAUAAUUAUCUUUGUAAUAGUGAAUGAUGAGAAAGUGCAAAUUGAAAAUGAAUUUAAAAAAAACAUUUUAUGAAAAUUGGUAUUGUGU